AUGUGGCUCCACAUACUCCUCUCAUAUGGCUUCAACGAUCACCGAAGUUUUCCUUUUACGAAGCUUCGACAGCAUUUUGGAGCCGAUGGCUGGGCCAAGCGAGAGAAAGAAUUUGACUGUGCAGAAGAACUGGAGGCAUUCGCAUUGCGAAAGGUGGGAGAGUUAGAUAAGUAUGAUGAAGACCUGGAGCAGAUCGAGGAAAACAAAGCUUUCAUGGACAACGGGAGAAUGACCAAGGAAGAAUUCAUUCUCGCUGCAGCGGCAAUUAUAGAACCUCGCAGCUCCUCAUCGUCUGUGGUGAACAAUGAAGCAUCGAGUGACAAGGUACUAUACAACAUGCCGUAUUUAGUUAGCUCGGCCUGCAGGUUACGAAAUUGA